AUGUGUGACGGCGCGGAAUCUAAAGGGCGCCGGAGGCUCGACGCUUCUGCUGCGAAGGUGCCGCGGUGCCACUGCGCGAACUGUCCGCUGAGCUUAUCAAUCAGCUCGAGAGACAGUCUCCAGAACAGACCUGGUCGAGCUUCGGCGGCUGAAAUCGGAUCGUCGCAAGAGAAGCCACAACGGGACGUCGUCUGCGUGUUCCUCAACUCUUUCUCUUCUUAUCUGGUCGUUUCUUACGGGAAAGACGAAGAAAUACUUCUUCGCAGGCCACGUUUUCUUCUUGAUCGCUUCGGGACCCGUACGUGUCUUCCCGGAAAUUCACGUUCUGUCAAAAGAAAAAAAUUGAAAUAACUCGAAACAAUCAAAUGAAAUUUCAGAUCAUUUUUGGGCAAACCUGGUCCUUGCAAAAGAUUAUUUCUUUUCAUCGCCUGCAAAUGGGAUUGAGCAGUGCCAGGAAGCAGGAAAACAUCAGAAUAAGAACUGGAAUAAUGGUAAGGGUUCUUGAAAAAAGUGAAUCUGAAGAUCAAGCUGCGAUAAUUGAGGAAACUUUGCGAAAACGGCGCUUUCCAAACACUUUGAAAUCGUUCUAAUUUCAAAAAAAGUUCUAUUUUAAGUUUGGGACAAAUGGUCAAUCUAGGACGUAGAGGAAGCUUGAUUUGAAGUCUGUUUACCACGACUUGAAAUUUCACGGAACGACACUCCGCUGCAUGGCCUUGUGGCCGUGAAAGUGCCUUUGCGAACCUCGGUCGCGCUUUAAAAUUUUUCUUUUAUUUGGAAAUUUCGCUUUAUUAAUCAUGUUUCAAUUUUUUGUGGUAAAAAGUGACUAUCAUUGCUUUUGGGCAUAAGAAACAAAUGAAAGUCGAAUACUUUUCGAAUUCGCUCACUUUCCUCAAAUAUUCAUGCGGAGCUUCAUUUUCAGAUUGAGAAAAAUUCUAACAUGUUGUCAGAGGUUGGAAAUGGUUGAGCUGUGAUGAUGCCGGAAGAACGUCGCCUCGAUACAGUUCGUUCGGCUUGGACAGAGAGAUUAAUGGCGAGUGAGAACGAUACCUCCAAAAGACGCGUUUGACAUCGUUCUUCGGGGGAUAUUCUGAUGAGCCGAAGGGUAAAUCACAGAGUUUGCCCUACUCCGAUGAGAAAAAGGUGUCGAAGAUUCGCUUGGCAACGGAGUCCAUUCAUCUUAAUUUUGGUCUUUUGAGAGAUAUCCCGUCAACCUAUCUACUCCUCAGCAAUAAAAAAAAAAUCUGUUCUCACGAACCGGCACAAAUUUUUCCGGGUCCACAAAAGAGCCGAUCAAUGUCGCUGCCCCACGAGCUGUACUGCGAGCCUGAAUCAGAGCUUUCGUCGUCGGAGCUCAGAUCAACCAACUGUAAGGCGUCGACGAAGACUGUCGCUGUCCCAUGUGGAACCUCAGAAAAGUCCGUUCCUACGAGACACGUUCGCUCCUCCGAGCGACGCCGAAUUAUUCAUGCCACUCUCGGCAAGCUACUUUUGUCAAUGCAUGGUUUCCAUGGUUCGAAAAACUUCUCAGUAA